UAGACUAAUACACAAACACAGUCCCCACCCAGAUGUUGCUGUAUCACUUAACAACAUAGGUGAUGUGUAUAAUGGCAUGGGAGAACUGACUAAAGCACUUGAAAAUCAUCAAGAAAGUCUGACAGUGAGAAGACUAAUACACAAAGACAGUCCCCACCCAUAUGUUGCAACCUCACUGAACAAAAUAGGUAAUGUGUAUAUUAAGAUGGGAGAUCUGACUAAAGCACUUGAAUAUCAUCAAGAGAGUCUGACAAUGUUAAGACUAAUACACAAACACAGUCCCCACCCAGAUGUUGCUGUAUCACUAAACAACAUAGGUGAUGUGUAUAAUGGCAUGGGAGAACUGACUAAAGCACUUGAAAAUCAUCAAGAAAGUCUGACAAUGAAAAGACUAAUACACAAACACAGUCCCCACCCAGAUGUUGCUGUAUCACUUAACAACAUAGGUGAUGUGUAUAAUGGCAUGGGAGAACUGACUAAAGCACUUGAAAAUCAUCAAGAAAGUCUGACAGUGAGAAGACUAAUACACAAAGACAGUCCCCACCCAUAUGUUGCAACCUCACUGAACAAAAUAGGUAAUGUGUAUAUUAAGAUGGGAGAUCUGACUAAAGCACUUGAAUAUCAUCAAGAGAGUCUGACAAUGUUAAGACUAAUACACAAACACAGUCCCCACCCAGAUGUUGCUAGCUCACUUGGCAACAUAGGUAAUGUGUAUAUUGACAUGGGAGAUCUGACUAAAGCACUUGAAUAUCAUCAAGAAAGUCUGACAAUGAGAAGACUAAUACACAAAGACAGUCCCCACACAGAUAUUGCUUCGUCACUUAACAACAUAGGUCAUGUGUAUAAUGACAUGGGAGAUCUGACUAAGGCGAUUGAAAAUUAUCAAGAGAGUCUGACAAUGAGAAGACUAAUACACAAAGACAGUUCCCACCUAGAUGUUGCAACCUCACUCACCAACAUAGGUCUUGUGUAUAAUAACAUGGGAGAUCUGACUAAAGCACUUGAAUAUCAUCAAGAGAGUCUGACAAUGUAUAGACUAAUACACAAACACAGUCCCCACCCAGAUGUUGCAACCUCACUUAACAACAUAGGUCUUGUGUAUAAUAACAUGGGAGAUCUGACUAAAGCACUUGAAUAUCAUCAAGAGAGUCUGACAAUGUUACAACUAAUACACAAACACAGUCCCCACCCAGAUGUUGCUGUAUCACUUAACAAAAUAGGUGAUGUGUAUAAUGGCAUGGGAGAACUGACUAAAGCACUUGAAUAUCAUCAAGAAAGUCUGACAAUGAGAAGACUAAUACACAAAGACAGUCCCCAUCCAGAUGUUGCUAUGUCACUUAACAACAUAGGUGUUGUGUAUGAUAAUAAGGGAGAUCUAACUAAAGCACUUGAAUAUUUUCAAGAGAGUCUGACAAUGUAUAGACUAAUACACAAACACAGUCCCCACCCAGAUGUUGCUAUGUCACUUAACAAUAUAGGUAGUGUGUAUAAUAAUAAGGGAGAUCUGACUAAAGCACUUGAAUAUCAUCAAGAAAGUCUGACAGUGUUAAGACUAAUACACAAAGACAGUCCCCACCCAUAUGUUACUACAUCACUUAACAACAUAGGUCAUGUGUAUAAAGACAUGGGAGAACUGACUAAAGCACUGGAAUAUCAUCAAGAGAGUCUGACAAUGUUACGACUAAUACAAAACGACAGUCCCCACCCAGCUGUUGCAACCUUACUUAACAACAUAGGUGAUGUGUAUAAUGACAUGGGAGAACUGACUAAAGCACUUGAAUAUCAUCAAGAAAGUCUGACAAUGAGAAGACUAAUACACAAAGACAGUCCUCACUCAGAUGUUGCAACCUCACUGAACAACAUAGGUAAUGUGUAUAUUAAGAUGGGAGAUCUGACUAAAGCACUUGAAUACCAUCAAGAAAGUCGGACAAUGUUACGACUAAUACACAAAGACAGCGCCCACCAAGCUGUUGCAACCUCACUUAACAACAUAGGUCAUGUGUAUGAAGACAUGGGAGAACUGACUAAAGCACUGGAAUAUCAUCAAGAGAGUCUGACAAUGAGAAGACUAAUACACAAACACAGUCCCCACCCAGCUGUUGCAACCUUACUUAACAACAUAGGUGAUGUGUAUAAUGGCAUGGGAGAACUGACUAAAGCACUGGAAUAUCAUCAAGAAAGUCUGACAAUGUAUAGACUAAUACACAAACACAGUCCCCACCCAGAUGUUGCUGUAUCACUUAACAACAUAGGUGAUGCGUAUAAUGGCAUGGGAGAACUGACUAAAGCACUUGAAUAUCAUCAAGAAAGUCUGACAAUGAGAAGACUAAUACACAAAGACAGUCCCCAUCCAGAUGUUGCUAUGUCACUUAACAAUAUAGGUAGUGUGUAUAAUAAUAAGGGAGAUCUGACUAAAGCACUUGAAUAUCAUCAAGAAAGUCUGACAGUGUUAAGACUAAUACACAAAGACAGUCCCCACCCAUAUGUUGCAACCUCACUGAACAACAUAGGUAAUGUGUAUAUUAAGAUGGGAGAUCUGACUAAAGCACUUGAAUAUCAUCAAGAGAGUCUGACAAUGUUAAGACUAAUACACAAACACAGUCCCCACCCAGAUGUUGCUGUAUCACUAAAGAACAUAGGUGAUGUGUAUAAUGGCAUGGGAGAAUUGACUAAAGCACUUGAAUAUCGUCAAGAAAGUCUGACAAUGAGAAGACUAAUACACAAAGACAGUCCCCACACAGAUAUUGCUUCGUCACUUAACAACAUAGGUCGUGUGUAUAAUUACAUGGGAGAUCUGACUAAGGCGAUUGAAAAUUAUCAAGAGAGUCUGAAAAUGAGAAGACUAAUACACAAAGACAGUCCCCACCCAGAUGUUGCAACCUCACUCAACAACAUAGGUCUUGUGUAUAAUAACAUGGGAGAUCUGACUAAAGCACUUGAAUAUCAUCAAGAGAGUCUGACAAUGUAUAGACUAAUACACAAACACAGUCCCCACCCAGAUUUUGCAACCUCACUUAACAACAUAGGUCUUGUGUAUAAUAACAUGGGAGAUCUGACUAAAGCACUUGAAUAUCAUCAAGAGAGUCUGACAAUGAAAAGACUAAUAUACAAAGACAGUCCCCACCCAGAAGUUGCUAGCUCACUUGGCAGCAUAGGUAAUGUGUAUAUUGACAUGGGAGAUCUGACUAAAGCACUUGAAUAUCAUCAUGAAGGUCUGACAAUGAAAAGACUAAUAAACAAAGACAGUCCCCACCCAGAUGUUGCCUCAUCACUUAACAACAUAGGUAGCCUGUAUAAUGACAUGGGAAAUCUGACUGAAGCGCUAGCAUCUCAUCAAGAAAGUCUGACAAUGAAAAGACUAAUACACAAAGACAGUCCUCACCCAGGUGUUGCUGCCUCACUUAACAACAUAGGUAAUGUGUAUAUUGACAUGGGAGAUCUGACUAAAGCACUUGAAUAUCAUCAAGAAAGUUUGACAAUGAGAAGACUAAUACACAAAGACAGUCCCCACCCAGAUGUUGCAAUGUCACUUAACAACAUAGGUAUUGUGUAUAUUGACAUGGGAGAUCUGACUAAAGCACUUGAAUGUCAUCAAGAAAGUCUGACAAUGUUGCGACUAAUACACAAGGACAGUCCCCACCCAAAUGUUGCCUCAUCACUUAACAACAUAGGUAGUGUGUAUAAUAAGAUGGAAGAUCUGACUAAAGCACUUGAAUAUCAUCAAGAAAGUCUGACAAUGAGAAGACUAAUACACAAAGACAGUCCCCACCCAGAUGUUGCUAGCUCACUUGGCAACAUAGGUAAUGUGUAUAUUGACAUGGGAGAUCUGACUAAAGCACUUGAAUGUCAUCAAGAAAGUCUGACAAUGAAAAGACUAAUACACAAAGACAGUCCCCACCCAGAUGUUGCCUCAUCACUUAACAACAUAGGUAAUGUGUAUAUUGACAUGGGAGAUCUGACUAAAGCACUUGAAUGCCAUCAAGAAAGUCUGACAAUGAAAAGACUAAUACACAAAGAUAGUCCCCACCCAGAUGUUGCAAUGUCACUUAACAACAUAGGUAGUGUGUAUAAUAACAUGGGAGAUCUGACUAAAGCACUUGAAUAUCAUCAAGAAAGUUUGACAAUGAGAAGACUAAUACACAAAGACAGUCCCCACCCAGAUGUUGCUACAUCACUUAACAACAUAGGUAAUGUGUAUAUUGACAUUGGAGAUCUGACUAAAGCACUUGAAUGUCAUCAAGAAAGUCUGACAAUGAAAAGACUAAUACACAAAGACAGUCCUCACCCAGAUGUUGCUACAUCACUUAACAACAUAGGUAAUGUGUAUAUUGACAUGGGGGAUCUGACUAAAGCACUUGAAUGUCAUCAAGAAAGUCUGACAAUGAAAAGACUAAUACACAAAGACAGUCCCCACCCAGAUGUUGCUAUAUCACUUAACAACAUAGGUAAUGUGUAUAUUGACAUGGGAGAUCUGACUAAAGCACUUGAAUGUCAUCAAGAAAGUCUGACAAUGUUGCGACUAAUACACAAGGACAGUCCCCACCCAAAUGUUGCCUCAUCACUUAACAACAUAGGUAGUGUGUAUAAUAAGAUGGAAGAUCUGACUAAAGCACUUGAAUAUUAUCAAGAAAGUCUGACAAUGAGAAGACUAAUACACAAAGACAGUCCCCAUCCAGAUGUUGCAACCUCACUUAACAACAUAGGUAAUGUGUAUAUUGACAUGGGAGAUCUGACUAAAGCACUUGAAUGUCAUCAAGAAAGUCUGACAAUGAAAAGACUAAUACACAAAGACAGUCCUCACCCAGGUGUUGCUGCCUCACUUAACAACAUAGGUAAUGUGUAUAUUGACAUGGGGGAUCUGACUAAAGCACUUGAAUGUCAUCAAGAAAGUCUGACAAUGUUGCGACUAAUACACAAGGACAGUCCCCACCCAAAUGUUGCCUCAUCACUUAACAACAUAGGUAGUGUGUAUAAUAAGAUGGAAGAUCUGACUAAAGCAC